UUAUUCCACCAUUAGUGUUUUGUGGGUUUUGGCAAGAGUAAGGACACGUCAGCAGACACGUUUCAAUGUCCCGCACUUGGCGAAUGGCGCCUCUAAUCGUAAGAGGUGCCCAUCUUAGGUGCUGGAAGAAAUGUGCAAGAUGAAAAGCUCUUGUCUGUUGCCCGUGAACCGCACAAUUUGUGUUAUCUUGUUCUUGGUUCUCAACGCCGCAGCUCUGCCAAGGGUUAUACAUCUCGGUGGUUUGUUCGAUACCGAAGACCGAGAACAGGAACUCGCUUUUAGAAUUGCAGUUGACUUCUUCAACAGCGAUAAAAAAAUUCAAUCAAAGCCCCGAAUUAUCGCACAGGUAGAAAGAAUUAGCAGAGGAGAUGUUUACGAUGCUACUAAGAAAGUGUGUAGACUACUCCAGAAAGGUGUGGCUGCUAUUUUCGGACCACAAGAUCACUUAACUAGUCUCCACGUCAGAUCUAUCUGUGAUGAAGUGGAAGUGCCUCACAUUGAGAUGAGAUGGGACUACAAAUAUUCGAGGGACGAUUUAUCCAUCAACCUUUACCCAAGCUCUGAAGUCCUCAGUGAGUCUUAUGUUGCGAUGAUUAAAACUUUGGGAUGGCAGAAUUUCACUCUUAUCUAUGAGGAUAAAGAAGGUAUAAUUCGCCUUCAUAAGCUGCUAAAAGAAGCUCAAAUAAAUAACUGGCAUGUCCAAAUGUAUAAUUUCGAACCAGGUUUGACAUACAGAGAAGUACUUUGGAAAGUUAAGAAAGACCUACAGAAACUCAGAGAAAAACUUGUUUGGGAUGUUAGUGAUAUACGCAAACUGAAAACAGAACAUGACGAAAAUUACAAAAUUGUGUUGGAUGUACAUACUAGGAACUUAUAUUCUAUUCUCAAACAAGCUCAGCAAAUAGGAAUGAUGUCAGAACAUCAAGAAUAUUUCAUCACAUCUUUAGAUCUCCAUACCAUAGAUUUAGAAGACUUCAAGUAUAGCAGAGCGAAUAUAUCAAGUCUUCGUUUGAUUAAAGACUGGAAUAAUGACUAUUAUCGUCUUAUUGAUGCAAUGCAAGGGCCUCCAUACAAUUAUGACACUGGCCAAGAACUUCAAUUACGGACAGAGACAGCUCUGAUGUACGAUGCAGUUCAAAUGUUUAUUUUUGCUCUGCAAGGACUUGAUGAAGGAAAAUACGUUCAGAAAUUUCCUUCAAUCUCGUGCAAUAACCCAAUAGCGGAAGGAAGUGAUGGUACCAGUCUCAUCAAUUAUAUGAAGUCUAUAAGUUUAGCAUCAAAGUUCAAGAAGGAGGAGGAGGACAAAAAGAAGGAGGACAAAAAGAACAAGCAGGGCUUAACAGGAGAUGUCGUCUUUAACGGGCAAGGAAUAAGAUCGACUUUCAACUUGGAUAUUAUGCAUCUUAGUGAGGAAGGUCUACUCGAGGUAGGACGAAUGUAUCUACCAGAUAAAGCUGUCAACAUGACCAGAAAAAUUCCUACAUUUUCUCCUUUGGAGGAAAAGACGCUUAUUGUUACGACAAUAUUGGAACCACCCUACUUGAUGCUGAAGAGUUCUCUUAAACAACUUCAGGGUAAUGAAAGAUAUGAAGGAUUCUGCGUAGACUUUAUUGAUGAAUUGGCUAAAUUAUUAAACUUCAAAUACGAAAUAAGACUUGUAAGGGAUAAAGUAUAUGGGUCAAAGUAUCCCAAUGGUUCAUAUACAGGAAUGAUUGGAGAAGUCCAGAGAGGAGAAGUUGAUAUGGCUGUAGCUGGUUUAAGUAUUAACUCGAAACGUGAGGAAGCAGUUGACUUCACAUUGCCUUUCAUGAAUACAGGCAUCAGCAUUCUCUACAAGAAACCUACAACCAAAGUCUCUUCGCUUUUUUCCUUCCUUUCACCAUUUUCUGCUGAAGUAUGGAUUUAUCUGAUAGGGGCAUAUUUUGCUGUGGGCACUGUCACAUAUUUUAUUGGAAGACUUACACCGUACGAGUGGAUUAAUCCUUACCCUUGUAGACAAGAUGACAUUGUAGUAGAGAAUGUGUUCAAUGUGAGAAACAGUCUUUGGGUAAUACUUGGAACUGUCAUGCAGCAGGGAUCCGAAAUUGUUACCACGGCUUGUUCCACCAGAACUUUAUAUAGCUUUUGGAGUUUUUUCACCCUGAUUUUGGUGUCUUCCUACACAGCAAAUUUGGCUGCUUUCCUCACUGUAGAAAGGGUGGUUUAUCCCUUCCACAAUGCUCAAGAACUUGCGAAACAGAAAAAAAUUAAGUACGGAUGCCUCAAGAAUGGAACAACUGAGCAAUUUUUUAAAGAGUCAAAAAUUGAUAUCUACAAGGAAAUGUGGCGGGCUAUUUCAAGUGAUCCAAAAAAUUUAGUUGACAAGAACCCCGAAGGCAAAGCAAAAGUUUAUAAGGAAGAUUACGCUUACUUGAUGGAAUCUGCAGCCAUAGAAUAUGUCACGGAAAGGGUUUGCAAUAUUACCCAGAUUGGCGGACUUCUAGACAGUAAAGGGUACGGAAUAGCUAUAAAGAAAGGCAAUAAAGACUUAGGAGCAUGGUUAUCAAUGGGAAUACUCAAAUUGCAAGAGCGUGGCACACUUCACAUUUUAAAAGAGCGCUGGUGGAAGCAAAGAGGGGGAGGGAAGUGUGCACCUUCUUCUAAACAGUCAUCAGGAUCAGCGCGAAAACUCAGUCUUGACAAUGUCGGUGGAGUGUUCGUCGUUCUGAUAUUUGGAUUAGCUGUCGCCGUUUUGUUAGCGGUAAUGGAGUUCAGCUGGAAAUCGGCACAAUGGGAAAAUCCAAAUAAAGAAUCAUUCUGGACACGUAUUAAAAAAGAGAUUAAAUUCACAAUGUCUUUUGACGUCACAGCUAAGCCAGUGCCUCAACUGAAAAAAAAUAAGUCAGUGACUCCUACAGUUGAAAACAGCAGGGCAUCAUCACACAGUCGUGGAACAAACAAAAGUGUGUCUUGAUAAUACUUUUCCUUCAUUGUCAUAAAAAUAAUUUGUACAUAAAAGCAAAAAAUCAUGUCACGCAAGAAUAUAUAUUCUGGAUAUUCUCUUUACAAACUGCUUCAGAGAAUUUCGAAAACUUUCAUUCGAGUAAGAAAAAUGUGUCCACAAGAAGUAUUUAUGAAUGUUAGGUCUAAUAUUCAAUGACUUUCUUCUUAUAUGUGUAAAGUCAAGAAAAUCACUUAUUGGAAAAAUCGGUCACAUACUCAUAAAAAUUGUAAAACUUGUUAACUAAAUAAAAUAGUACAGCCAGUUCUCAAA